AUGGAGGUCUUGCUCUCUCUCUCUCUUCUCUCUCAUUCAGAUCUCUCUUUCUCUCUUUCCUCCCGCUCUCUCUCUCUCUCUGUCUCUGUGAGUCUCUCUCUCAGACGAGCAAGGAGACGAGGCGUCGGAUCGUCGUGUUGGCCAAAGCGUGAAGUGCACAACAAGACCACCAGCGUGAUGACAGAGGCCGACCAGGAAGAUGUGAACGAGGAGGCUAUUCAGUGCUGCGCCAUGUCGAAAGAGGGCAUCCUUGUCCGCACUCAAACGCAGGCUGUGGCGCAGACAUUUUGCACACUGCUACAAGAGCAGGCUGGGGACGUGACCGAGUUGCGGCCCACAUCCCUCAACCCCAGUCCAGAUGCAUGUGCACGCUUCAUUCGGGCUCGAAAGGGUGAUGUUGCAGCCGCCGUGAGCCAAUAUUUGGAGGCGGAGCGGUGGUUCAAAUCCGUUGGCUUUGAUGAUAUGCCCGCAAAAGAUGAGGAUGAACCUAUUUAUCAGAGCCUGUGCCCGCAUGCCAAUCUUGGCUAUGACCGUGAAGGGCGACCCAUUUACUGGGAGCGCACCGGGCACAUCAACCUGCCCAAGGUGCUCAAAGUCUUGACGCCAGAGCAUCUGAUUACUCGCCACGUCCGACAACAAGCCAUCGCAGUGCAGCGUCUUGAGGAAACUUCGCGGCGGCUGGGACGACUCGUGGAGAAGCAGACGAUCAUUCUGGACUUGAAACACCUGUCUCUGCGCCCCGACUCCAAGGGUUUGGGCAUCUUCAAGGAGUGCAUCCGAAUCGAUCAAUCUUAUUUUCCCGAACGCCUCGAGUGCUUCUUUUUCAUCAAUGCCCCGUGGAUCUUCCAGCCGCUGUGGGCCAUCGUGCGCCCCUGGCUUGAUCCAGUCACCAAGCGCAAGUUUCAUGUUCUCGGCAGCAAUUAUCAAUCCACGUUGCUAAAAUACAUUGAUGCCGACCAGCUACCUGCCGAAUACGGUGGCACCGCCAAUUUUUCCAUUCCGGACGCCAAGCCGUUUGAAGACCGCGACUUUUGUCUCAUGCCCAACACCGACUAUGACCCGGAGCUGCGCCCGCGACUGCUCUUCCCGACAGCGCAGGGAUUUCUCACGGGUGCACAAUUGGACAAUGCGGCUGCAGCUGCAGCUGCCGGGUCAUCUGAGCACAACGAGCAGGGACCAAGCAAGCGCGCCUCCGCAGCUGUGGCUGAUCAGACCCCACCACUUGUGUCCACCUCCACCGGCUCACGCCUCAUGAUCAACGGCCGUGUGCCACUGGAGCAGCUGUUGCAGGGUGCAGUGCCUCCCAUGGCCUCCACGCUGGUCUAG